AUGGCGGAGCGGGCGCCGGAGCCCGAGGCGGAGGCGGAGGCUGAGGCGGGCGCGGGCGGGGAGGUGGCCGCCGAGGAGGGCGCGGCGGGCCGCAAGGCGCGGGGCCGCCCGCGGCUCACGGAGUCGGACCGGGCCCGGCGGCGGCUCGAAUCCCGGAAGAAGUACGACGUGCGGCGCGUGUACCUGGGCGAGGCGCACGGGCCCUGGGUGGACCUGCGGCGCCGCAGCGGCUGGAGCGACGCCAAGCUCGCCGCCUACCUCAUCUCGCUGGAGCGCGGCCAACGUAGCAGCCGCCAUGGGAAGCCUUGGGAGCAAGUCCCCAAAAAGCCAAAGCGGAAGAAAAGGCGGCGACGCAACGUGAACUGCCUGAAAAACGUGGUGAUCUGGUACGAGGACCACAAGCACCGCUGCCCCUACGAGCCGCACCUCGCCGAGCUGGACCCCACCUUUGGCCUGUACACCACGGCUGUGUGGCAGUGCGAGGCUGGGCACCGCUACUUCCAAGACCUGCACUCGCCCCUGAAGCCGCUCAGCGACUCAGACCCUGAGAGUGACAAAGUGGGCAAUGGCCUGGUGGCCGGCAGCUCUGACUCGUCCAGCUCCAGCUCCGGCUCCGAGGAGCCCCCUGAGGGCCAGCAGGCCAAGGCGACAGUGGCGAUGGCGGCAGUUACCCCCACCAGCCCAGCGGGCAGCAGCGGGCUCAUCACACAGGAGGGCAUGCACAUCCCCUUCGACGUCCACCACGUGGAGAGCCUGGCUGAGCAGGGCACCCCACUGUGCCCCAACCCAGCCAGCAGCGGGCCCGAAGCCCUGGAGACAGUGGUGUGCGUGCCGGUGCCCGUGCAAGUGGGCCCGGGCCCUAGCACCCUCUUUGAGAACGUGCCCCAGGAGGCACUGGGUGAGGUGGUGGCCAGCUGUCCCAUGCCAGGCAUGGUGCCCGGUUCGCAGGUGAUCAUCAUUGCCGGCCCCGGCUACGAUGCCCUCACGGCCGAGGGCAUCCACCUCAACGUGGCAGCAGGCAACGGUGCCCCCGCAGGGGGCCUGGGUGACGAGGUGCCCUGCGCCAUGAUGGAGGGUGUGGCCGCCUACACCCAGACAGAGCCAGAGGGCAGCCAGCCCAGCACCGUGGACCCCGCCACCAUGACAGGCAUUGAGACCAAGAAAGAGAAGGAGGACCUGCACGUGCUCAAGAAGGAAAAGGAGGAGCCGGUGGCCCCAGAACUGGCAGAGCUGGCUGCGACGGUGCCUGAGAGCGCAGAGCCCGAGGCAGAGGCAGACGGGGAGGAGCUGGACGGCAGCGACAUGUCAGCCAUCAUCUAUGAGAUCCCCAAGGAGCCCGAGAAGAGGCGGCGAAGCAAGCGAUCGCGGGUGAUGGACGCCGAUGGCCUGCUUGAGAUGUUCCACUGCCCUUAUGAGGGCUGCAGCCAGGUCUACGUGGCCCUCAGCAGCUUCCAGAACCACGUCAACCUUGUGCAUCGGAAAGGGAAGACCAAGGUGUGCCCUCACCCCGGCUGUGGCAAGAAGUUCUAUUUAUCCAACCACCUUCGGCGGCACAUGAUCAUCCACUCAGGUGUCCGUGAAUUCACCUGUGAAACCUGCGGCAAGUCCUUUAAGAGGAAAAACCACCUGGAGGUGCACCGGCGCACGCACACAGGCGAGACACCUCUGCAGUGCGAGAUCUGUGGCUACCAGUGCCGACAGCGCGCGUCGCUCAACUGGCACAUGAAGAAGCACACGGCCGAGGUGCAGUACAACUUCACGUGCGAGCGCUGCGGGAAGCGCUUCGAGAAGCUGGACAGCGUCAAGUUCCACACGCUCAAAAGCCACCCGGACCACAAGCCCGCCUGAUCCACCCAACCACUGAACGCCCCUAUUUAUUCAUCCCAUCGGACACCAUGCCCGAGUCUGCCAGGGCCGGGCCAGCCGCGGCCAGCCGCCAGGACCUCGGGCCAGAAGGAGGCGCCUCUGCCCCGCUCCAGGGCUGGGCCCUCAGGGCAGGUCCCCCCCCAACCCCGCCCGAGUUUUGGAGCUGGCACCUGGGGCUGCACUGCUGGGACUGUGUCAAGAGAGCAGAACGAGAUUAAAGA